AUGAAUACAAUACAGAGAAUAAUGAUCAACCAAAUAUAAAUUACAAAGAAUUGAGUAAAGAAUGUGCAAAACCCAAUGAAUCUGCAGAUCUUGCUUUGGAUGAAACAAUUGAUGACAAGACUUUGAAAUUAACUCCUUUGGAAGAGUUUGGCAAAUUUUUAGACAUAUAG